GAAAAUUUAACGGAACAGCCUAUUGGCGAUAGUCUUCACACGACUGACACUAAAUAAGGUCGAAAUCUGAUAGCGUUCAGUUUCUGAGGAAUUCGUCCCUCACUUCACAAACUCAGUCAGGUAUUUUCAGUCCAGGUAUGCACCAAUUUAAACAAAAAUGUGCGAUUAUUGCAGCUAGUUGAAACUUGUCGUCUAUUUUGUAUCAGUCUUAAGGAACCCGUGAGCGUUUCGGUUUAACUGAAUCGUGUUGGUUCAAAUUUCCCCCCCAAAAAACCCGAAAGUUAAGUUUUAGUAUGAAUAAUAGUCUAAAAAAUAAUAUUAGUGAUUGACGAAAGAUCGAGGAAAACGUUCCUUUCUUUAGCUGGUGAUGUUUCUUUUAAAUCGCGAUCGAUUUGUUAGCCCCUUAGAACUUCAAAAACGUAUUAGGUAACCCAGAGAGUAAGUAACCACUGGUUUAUUUAUUUACUAUUAUUAUUAUAUAUUUUGUUUCUAGAUAAUCAUGACAGGAAUGAGACGCGCUAUAAAGCUUUUUCUUCUGAUCGUGGUGUUGGAAUUGAUGCUGUUCUCUCAUACCGAGUCUUGGCGACGCCGUCGCCGUCGCCGCCGCCGAUAUGUGCCGCCUUGCGACUCUUCAUUGCCGCCUGCUGCUUUUAAAUGGGCAAACAAGUGGCACCAGUCCUUCACCGCUCAAUGCCCUAAGCGUAAGUUUUAACAAUUUAUCCUCUCUUGGUUUUAGUCGUUAGCCUCCGGAAUGCAAAAAUGACCAGAAAGGGAUUAACGGCAAGCGAACUUUCGAAUGGCCCUUCAGCUGCGGCGGAACUGACGAAUUUGUAUUAUUUAUUCGUCGCCAGUUAUCUAGCCGAAACGUCCCCGGCGGCGAAGAGCGAGGAGAAACGGAUGUUUUCGCAGGCUACCAGUUAUGGCGAUUUCUAGUAUUGAGACGUGUGCGUAGGUUGCUAAAUAGAACCUUUAAAAUAGUCGCGAUUGUUAACCUUAAUUUAUUUUUUUUUUCCACUGCAGGCUAUUCGAUGACACAGUGGAUCAGUAUUUAUCGAAAGUGCCAACAAGACCGCGUUCACCAUUUUAGAUGUCGUUAUGGCCCUGCACCAUAUUACAGAGACUGUAGCUGGACUCCACACUUCUUGCAUGACGCGACACAACCCCUACACUACAGGUGCCCACACGACGGCUUUAUCACCGGAGUGUACAGUUAUUUUGUUAAAGCUUCCAAGGACCGCAGGUAAGAAACUUUUCUUAUUAAAAUAACACGGAAAAAACAAAAAAACAAAAAAAAACAAAACGAAACAAAAAAAUACUUCCUUUCAAUAGGAAUAAUGCUUCGUGGGAUGUAGUUUUUUCGGCUGUUUGAGAAAAUCUGACUCUUGCGUACUAGAAAAGAAUGAUUUGAAAUGAAAACAGCCCCAAGAAUGUUUAUUCUUAACCGAUAAUCUAGUAGUCUAUAGUUGAAGGUGAGAAGGGUCAAACUGGGCCGUUUUUUUCUCUGUAAUCAGCAAAAAAUCUCACAAAAUCAAGCAGGGAGAAGAGUACUAUAUUUUGCUUUCACAAUCUAUUCUCUGACCUACUAUUAAGACUUAUAAGACCAGCACCUAAAUUUUAAAAAAAUAGGACAAAACUGCCUACAGAUAGUGCUGUUUGAGUUUGCAUAACUGAACCAGCAAUCGCAGUUAUGUGCAGAUUACACUCUUUUUUUCGUAUAUAAGAAUAUCAAGGCUAAUAUUUGCGAAAUUUUAAGAAUAUGAUAAGAAUAAACUCAAGGCUGUAAUUUUGAAAACGAUACAAUUUUGUGUGUUGAAAAUCUGUUAAUACAAUACGACAAUAUUAUUCCUUUCUCUAAACGGCAAAACCAGUCACCAAAACGAAAAAAAACCCUGCUUUUACUGCAAUUAAUACCCCGAUAUAUUUUUUCACGGAAAAAAGUCAUAAGUUAUAAUUUAAGUAUACUGCUAGAAUAUUCUCAGCCUAAAAACAGCAGAAAAAUAAGAAUAUUCAGCCUGGACAGGAAAAACAAUAUUCUUAUGAGAAAAAAAGAGUGUAGUUUUUCAUCAGGAAAUUAAGCACCCGUUGACAAUCAUUCGUUUGACUGAUUUAUAUAGGGUUUACAUCAAGUGCUGCAAAGCCCCUCGCUACAAGCAUCACAGAUGCAAAAGCACUCGGUGGACCAAGCUUGGCGAAUCCUUCAACUAUAAAACCUCAAGAAAAUAUUGGAUGACCGGUGUAACAAGCGUAUAUUCAUCAAGGUUAGUGACAAGAGUAAUGCAAGACUAAGUUAAAAUUUGUAUUAUUACUCAACCCUCCACACUGAAUAGACCUGAAUACAAGGCUAGACAAAACGAUGAACUGACUAUUCCCAAAGUUCAGAAAGUUCCCGUUUUGCACCUUUUUGGCGGAAAAAUAACUGCAAAUGCAAGUGAUUCAAAAAGGAGGCGAGAAAAAGGGAAAGGGAAGUUCCCAGCCAAACCUUCGUAAAAUGCCCGUUCACCGAAGUCUUUCCUUCACAGCCUAUUAAAGUGAAGCCACACUGUAAAGAAAUGAACAGCGCUACAAGAAAUGAGGAUGAUCUUGUUACGAGCCAGUACGCAAGGGAACAAAAUGUUAAUAUAAACUGUUUUUUCCCUCACUUUAUUACUGCGGGCCCCUAUUAAAUGUAGGCUCUUAGCCAAUGAGAAGACAGUGAGUCGAUGAAUAAUAAUACUUAAAAUUGGUAACUUCUAGUCCAUUUUUGGUCGGCUAUUAACAUAGGCUGCACUGUUCUUUUUUUCUUUCACAGUUCUGGCGACCGGCAGUGGAAGUUUGAGCACUGCAAAAUAAUUAAAAAACGCUACUACCGUUCGGGGAAAAAAUAAUAAAAACCCUCACUAGUGCAAGGGAUAAGAGCUGAGCAUAAAGAGAGAAGCAUCUUAACACGUCAGUCUUGAUAGUAAAUACAGCAGUGAGUUUGUCAAAGGGUUAAUUUUUGCUGUUGUCAAGUAAAAACUUUCGGUUAGUUUUUGAAAGAAACUAUUCCUUGAGGAUUGUAAAAGCAGCGCGACCAUUUUUUAGCAUCUAGUAUUAAACUAAGUAUAAAGGAUAACUUUGCGGCGACUUCUGGGUCAGUAUAAGCAACAAACGCCUUCAAAAAAUCUUGUUUUUCGAGUUUGGCGCUAUUACACACUAACAAGGACUUUAGGCAUGUCAAGGUGUCAUUUCCCCUCGACUAGAAGUUUUGGUUGCUUAUAAAAUUUAAAAGAAAGAACAAACCGUAAAAUGAUACUCUACUUAACCCCAAAUUUAUUCCAUUAACUGUUGUUUUCAACUGCCUAUUUCCAACAACAUUUGAAAACAAUAAAGUUCAUAGUGCACGAAACGAUUUUCAAAACAGCAAUGUUGGAACAACGUUGUAUAAAUUCGAAACAAUGGCGCAACUAUCUGGCAACUGAAAAUCGUCGUUGCAAAUCGUGGCAUGUGACAUCGCCUUAACUUACGAAAAAAUUUGGCGGACAGUGUAUUAUGGAGGAUUCGAAAAUAGUCAAUAGUUAGUUUUAGCUUAAUUGUUGCACCUGUGGAAUGAUUUGAUGCAAACACAUGACAAGAUUGACUAGUCAAUCAUCCAUCCAGGGCAAUCAAAUGUAACUGUUGUAGUAGGAUCUUAAAUGUUACGCUUUGCAAUUUGUAAUAAAAACCCUUGCACAG